CAGGAACGUCGAUACGGUGUCGUAUUUUAGCUCUCUCUCUCGCAUUCUGGUUCAACAUUUCACCUCCUCUGUUUUAGGGGUUUUUGCUUCUGAGAAAAUUGGAAAUAAGUUGCAGAGACGCCAGCGAUGGAAACGAUGGUGUCCGGUUCGGAUGAACCGGAGUUGAAGCAAAGGAAUUUGGUCCCGCAGUGGAAGCACCUCUUGGACCACAUUGACUCGCUCCAGACCCGGUUCGAGGAGCUCCAGGACCGGUUUUACUCGGAGCAGAACUCGCUCCAGACACGGCAGCGGGAGGUUGAGGAGCGCGAGAAGGAGUUGGAGGGCAAAGUUUUGAACUUUAACUCGGAAAUGGCGUCUAAAGCUCAGGAAUUGUAUGAAAUCGAGAGAUUGGCGAAAGAGAAAAGAAGGGAGGUUGGUGGUAAGGAAAAAUGGUUGUUGGAAAUCGAGGAAUCGGUUAGGGGGAAGGCGAGGGAACUUGAUUUGAUAAAAAAUGAUAUCGAAGAGCGAACGGAGAAAUUGAAUUCGAUUGUGAAAAGUUUGGAUGAGAAGUCGAGAGAGCUGAAGAUGAAGAAGGAGGUCACUGAGUUGAACGGAAGGCGAUUAAACUCGAUGAAGGGGUCUAUUGAUGAUGUCAUGAAAGAUUUUGUUUCGAAACAAGAGCAGGUUAAGGCGGCGCAUAAAUCUCUCGAAGAAUGUCACAAGGAGAUUCAAUCGAAAAGGAAGAUACUUGGUGCCGUUGAAAAAUCGAUAAGGGAAUGUUACCGUACACUUGAAUCCAAAGAGAAAACCAUCAGGGCAGUGGAGUUGAAACAACAAGAAUUUGAGUUGAUGGUUCAAGAGUGCCAAAAGCAUUUGGAUUCACAAGAAAAGUUGUUGCAACAAGGUUGCCAUGGACUCGAAAUGAAAGAGAGGCAACUCGAAGAGCAGGUCAGAGUGUUUGAAUCUGAACAACGACAAUUUGAUUUGACGGCUAAAGAACGCCAAAAAUGUUUGGAUUUGCAAGAAAAGUUGUUACAAGAAGGUUGCCAUGGACUUGAAAAGAAAGAAGGGCGACUUGAGGAAAAGGUCAGAGAGUUUGAAUCGAAUAAAAAAGAAUUUGAUUCGAUGAUUCAAGAACGCCAACAACAUUUGGAUUCUCAAGAGAAGUUGUUACAAGAAGGUUCUCAUGGACUUGAAAUGAAAGAGAGGCAGCUUGAAGAACAGGUCAGAAAGCUCGAAUCAGAAAAACAACAAUUUGAGUCGCUGCAAAAAUCCAGGGAAGACAUCCAAAAUCUGAAAUCCAAGGAGAAGACUAAUUGUUCCAUGGAUGGCAAAUGCUUGCAGGUUCUCAUGAAUGAGAAUUGGACGAGAACUGAUCUUGUAUGUGGCGAAAUCGCAGCUUGUCUUCAGGCGUCAUCUGACCCAGCAAAGCUCGUUUUGGAUGCAAUGCAAGGGUUUUAUCCUUCAAAUCAGACCGUGGACACCACUGAGUUUGCCUUUGAUUUGACAGUUAUUAGGAGGAGUUGUAUUUUUUUGUUACAGCAGUUGAAGAGAUUCUCACCACAAAUCAACCCUCAGGUGAGAAAAGAAGCAAGGGCUUUGGCAGCUGAAUGGAAGGGUGAGAUGACUGUGGCGACUGAGAAUGGAUUGGAGAUUUUGGGUUUUUUGGAGCUUGUUGCUGUGUAUGAAAUCACAACUGCUUAUGAUUCGAAGGAGCUUCAGAGUCUUCUUGGUACAGUGGCUGAGCACGAGCAAGGAACUGAACUAUGCCAGGCCCUUGGUAUCACAAGUAAGGCACCUGCGAGCAACAGCGUUUCUUUCCCUAUCAAAAUUGAGGAACAAGAAUCUUCACAACUUAUAAAUGUCGCAGCUUCUUCUUCUCUGGAUCUUCAACCGAGUGCAACCACAGAUACAAUGAAUUUGCAGGGCUCUACGGAUGAGCAUUUAAGUGAGUACGAGUCAGUGCAGAACGAAAUGCUUCUUGAUCUACAAAUGUCAAUGGACCCAGCAGAACUAGUUUUGAAGUUGAUUAAAGAAUCUUUGUCUCAAUGCUGGAGAAAAAGAGAUGUUGGCUGUGAAUCAGCUGUCGUGGAGAAUAGCAUUUCCCUGUUGAAUGAUCUAACGGAAGUCUCCAUGAAAAUUGGGCCACAUGUUAAAAAAAAUGCAAUAGAGCUAGCAGUACAGUGGAAAGCAAAAAUGAGAGUUGAUGCUGAAAAUUCAAUGGAGAUUUUGGUGUUUUUGAACUUUGUAGCUACAUAUGGAUUGGUUUCUACCUUUAACAGAUAUGAGAUUGUAAAGCUUCUCGGGACGAUUUGUCUGCACAAAAAGGCUUUGGAAUCAUGCCAAGCAGUUGGUUUUGCAGAUAUGAUCCCUGAUUUUGUUCAAGAUCUUAUUGAAAGGAAGCAACUGAUUGAAGCUGUUAGAUUGAUUUGCGGCUUCAACUUAUCUGCCAGGUUCCCACCGGUACCACUCUUAAAAGAAUAUGUGGAAGGUGCAAGGCGGUCUUACUGCACAAAAUGGCUGGUAAAAAGAUCACUUGAUGAAAUGAAUGAGGUGGUAGACAAGCAAAUAGCUGAUCUGAGCGCUGCGAUUCAUUGCAUCAAAGACAAUCAUCUCGAGUCAGAAUUCCCAUACAACGGCAUCGAAAAAGAGAUAGUUAAGCUGGAAAAGCACAAGUUGGAUUGGAGACGUUCGGUUCCAGUUGUUGGCUCCAAGGGUGAAGGAGAGCAGGAGAAAGGGAAGAAACCAAAUACCAACCUUGUAUCCUUCAAGAUCAAACCGCCAGAACAGCGUAACUGCAAGCGCCUCAAACAGCUGGCCUGAUGGACUCGUGUGCAUAGUAAAACCGAAAAACUCGACCGUAGUGUUAGCCUCUAGUAACCUGCUAAUUGCAAAGUUUGAUAGCUUGCUGUCAGCUGCUUUCUUUUGAGUUGCAUUGCCUUGCAUUUAGGAGGAGCAGUUAGUUUGACUGACUUCAAGGUAGAAUUGUUUAUGUGGAAACAGGUUAUGUUGCAAAACCUUGAGAGAUACAUGA